AUGGACUCCGAAAUCACUAUGACCACCAGUCAUGUCCACGGCUGGUAUCCCGUGGCUGUGAGGGAUACUGACACUGGAUACUCGGAAUUACAUAAAAUCUCUCUGACUUCUCAGUACCACUGUGCUGUGCGCCGCAAUGACAAUCAGCUUCAUAAAAUCUGCAGCAUGGACAACGCCACCCCUUGGAUGGAUGUGGAUUAUCCAGAAACCUCCACACCAGGAGUACCCCAUGCUGGUUCAUUUACAGUGCCUACUACCACUGACAAUGCCUUUGUGCCUCGCAAUCAUCUUGGUUCCCCAAAUCCAUUCCCUUUUCUCAUGGAUGUUGACACCUCGGACCGACGGCCUGAAGCCUCUGUGGCUCAACAGCCAAAACGUGGACAUCCAAAGAAGAUCACAGUAAAAUUGUCAGCCUCAGAUGUUCAAAAUCACCAUCGUCUUGGCCGUCCUCCAGGCUCUGGGCCUAAGCAACAAGCCAAGGCGGAACUUCUUGCAAGUGGCUGA